UAGUCCCCCUUCCCCCCACACCAGACCUUCUCUGGUUCCCUGACCUCAGUGAGACUGCAGCCGGUCUGGGGACCUAGGGGAGACAUGGAGAAAGAGACGGGGGAUCCCCUGGCUGGAGCUGACUGAUACAGUAGACAGUCAUGGCUGGAGAAUUGGAUAUCAGACUAAUGUUUGACCUCUGGAAACACCACAUUUCUUUUUUCAGUCCCUUACAGGACGUCCGGUCAAAAUUCACUAGGUAGGAGGGUCAUCAGCUGGAAAGAACCGGAACCUGGGGGGACCUGGCUGGAUAGGUAUGGGGGACCCAGGCCAGUCCCCUAGUCCCUGGUCCCCCCAUGGCAGUCCCCCAACUCUAAGCAUUCUCACUCUCCUGCUGCUCCUCUGUGGACAUGCUUAUUCUCAAUGCAAGAUCCUCCGCUGCAAUGCUGAGUAUGUAUCUUCCACUCUGAGCCUUAGAGGUGGGGGUUCACCAGAAGCCCUUCGAGGAGGAGGCCGGGGUGGAGGGGUGGGCUCCAGCGGCCUCUGCCGAGCCCUCCGCUCCUACGCGCUCUGCACUCGGCGCACGGCCCGCACCUGCCGCGGGGACCUCGCCUUCCAUUCUGCUGUGCACGGCAUCGAAGACCUGAUGAUUCAGCACAACUGCUCCCGCCAGGGCCCGACGGCCCCUCCCCCACCCCGGGGCCCCGUCUUUCCAGGCGCAGGCCCGAUCCGCGCCUCUGGCUCCCCAGCCCCAGACCCCUGUGACUAUGAAGGCCGGUUUUCCCGACUGCACCGACAACCCCCAGGCUUCUUGCACUGCGCCUCCUUCGGGGACCCUCACGUGCGCACCUUCCAUCACCACUUUCACACGUGCCGUGUCCAAGGAGCUUGGCCCUUGCUGGAUAAUGACUUCCUCUUUGUCCAGGCCACCAGCUCCCCCGUGGCAUCGGGGGCCAACGCCACCACCACACGGAAGCUCACCAUUAUAUUUAAGAACAUGCAGGAAUGCAUUGAUCAAAAGGUCUACCAGGCUGAGGUAGACAACCUUCCUGCAGCCUUUGAAGAUGGUUCUAUCAAUGGAGGUGAUCGACCUGGGGGCUCAAGUUUGUCCAUUCGAACGGCUAACCCUGGGAGCCAUGUGGAGAUCCGAGCUGCCUACAUUGGCACAACUAUAAUCAUUCGGCAGACAGCUGGGCAGCUCUCCUUCUCCAUCAGAGUGGCCGAGGAUGUGGCCAGGGCCUUCUCAGCUGAGCAGGACCUGCAGCUCUGCGUUGGGGGAUGCCCUCCGAGUCAGCGGCUCUCCCGUUCAGUGCGCAGUCGUCGGGGAACUAUAACCAUGGAUGCUGCCAGACAGCUGUGCAAGGAAGGGCUGCCGGUUGAAGACGCUUACUUUCAUUCCUGUGUGUUUGAUGUUGUCAUCUCCGGUGACCCUAACUUUACUGUGGCAGCUCAGGCAGCUCUGGAGGACGCCCGAGCCUUCCUGCCAGACUUGGAAAAACUACACCUCUUCCCCUCAGAUGCCGGGGUUCCUCUUUCCUCAGCAACCCUCCUAGCUCCACUUCUUUCUGGGCUCUUUGUUCUGUGGCUUUGCAUUCAGUAACCAGGCCAACGUUCGGUAACCAUGAUGGGUCUAGAAGUGAUUUGCAGAUAGAGAUUGGCAAGGGAGAACAUAAGAAUCACUGAAGAGAAACAAUGAGGGUAAGAAACACAUGAAACAAUAACAUUUUUCCAGAGUGAGAGAAGACGAGAGAAGGCGGCAGUCUAGGGUUGAAAUGAUCACAGAAUAAGGAUUCUGGGCAAGGUUUCUGCAUUCCAGACCUCAGUUGGGGCUCUUCACUAAUUUUCCCAGUCUCGUUUAUAGUAAGCAAAUUGUUCCAGUCCAUCUCCUCCUGAGACCACCCCUACAAGCGUAGAGGUUAUGGGGUUCUGAGGAUCAGUAGAAAACUUAAGGGUUGAGACUUUUAAUAGAGAAGAACUGAAAGAGGAAGACAUGAUCAUUACCCAUCAGAAACUCAAAAUCGAACGAUAUUUUCUCUUGGAAGGUAGAAAGAGGAGGAAACGAUGAGGAAAAGAAUCUAUUUGAUAAGUAUAAUGUGGGUAAGAUGUGUUCUGCUUUCUUGGUUCAUAAAUGAAGUGGGAGUUGUUUGGAUUUUUGGUGAAAGGAAUCUCUGUCUUUGGAGAAUGACACGGGUAGGAAAGAAGCUAUCAUCCCCACCCCUAACUAAUCUGAUAUUAAAGCUAUGGAGUCUUCA